UUAACAUCAUUUUUUUCCCGUCUCUUCUUCUCUCUCUAUUUUUAUUUUUUUCUUCCCCUCUCUUCUUCUUCUUCUUCUUUCGUCCUUUUUAGGUUUUCAAUUCAAAACCUCAACAAAAGUUUCCCCCUUUUUUUCUUCUUAUUCUUCCAAACCCUCUCCAUUCCCUUUUCUCUGUUUGUUUUCAUUUUCUGAAAGACUCUGCCUUUACUUUACCCCUUGCCUCUCUCCUUCUCUCUAUUUUCACAUUUUUUUCCUCUAAGAAAACAUGAGUAGCCUUUCUAGGGUUUCAAUCCCUAACACCGUUAAGAAAACGAUCCAAGACAUCAAAGAGAUCGCUGGUAAUCACAGUGAUGAUGAAAUAUAUGCAAUGCUUAAAGAGUGUUCUAUGGAUCCAAACGAGACCACUCAGAGACUAUUGUAUCAAGAUACAUUUCAUGAGGUCAAGAGGAAGCGUGAUAAGAAAAAAGAGAAUGUGAACAUCAGAGAGUCGGCAGAUUCUAGGUGGAGGCCUGCCCCCCAGGGGCGAGGAGGUAGGAGUGGUCGGCCAAACGAGUUUCCUCGCUACAAUUCUCAAGCUGUCUGUCCAGAUGCUGGUGUUGGGAGAAAUGGUAUAUAUGUGAAGGAAAAUGGAGUCAAUCGGGGAUCAGAUAAAGCGGGUAUUCUUGAUUUGCCGGUUUCUCUGGAUAUGGAAAAUAAAGCUGCAAGUUCUCUACCAGGGAUGGCAAAUGGAAAUUUUAAUACUCCUAAUGGAAGUUCAAUUCUUGGGCCUCCCUCACAGAUGGCCACAGGUGGUGGUACGAACUUUUCUGUGAACUUUACUAAGGUAAGGAAUGCACCAGAACCACAUGUUAAUGGAAAAAUUACCCCACCAUCUGGAGUCAACAUUUCACGUGAGAGGUCUACACCCAAUCCCAAGCACAUUGUACCACCACCAUCUGUGCUUGGAGUUUAUUCCUCGGCUUCAGAUCCUGUUCUGGUGCCGUCUGUAGACUCACAAGUCCCUGGUGCAGUAGGAACAAUUAAGCGUGAAGUGAGGGUUCAACGUGCAGCUGUGGAACCUAACUCAGAUGUCCCUGACGAUACUAUAUCCUCUACUUGUCAGGAGAUUGCAGACAGUUCCCAAAUGACGGUAAAAUCUUUGGGAGCGGAAAACAGCCAGCAGUUGGAGUUGUCAGAACCUUCUUCUUCACAAGGUGGGUCAAUUAGCAGGCCAUCAUCGAAUUAUGGUAGUCGCCCCCAACAGAUUUCUGGCCCUCAGAAAGCUGUAGGCCCUGGUAGGGAGUGGAAACCAAAGCCAAUGAAUUCAAAUGCAGCUUUGGCUUCAGGGGAAGUUGCCAUGUUAAAGAUUGAAACUGUUACAGACGAGGCCGGUGUCGAGUCAGUGCCUGAACUUACGGAGUCUGUAUCUGAAGUUGCAAUUAUGCCACUUCAGAAGAAGCUAGAAGAGGUGCAUUUCUCUGACAGUCAACAUGUUAUUAUUCCGAACCAUCUCCAUGUCGCUGAAUCUGAAAGAAGUGGGUUGAGUUUUGGAAGCUUUGAAGCUGGUUUUGGCGUGACAACAAGCUAUAUUGGUGGCCAUGAUGCUGAAAAGAGCUAUACACCUUUAUCGGAAUCCCCUCGGGAAACUGAAGAAGUUGCUGAAGAAUCGUUCUCGAGCAAUCAGGAGACACCCGAAGAUGCCCAGGAAGGAGAAAAUUUUGACGACUCACAGUCGCCCACGGAUGUGAUGGAAAAUAUAUCACCUGAAGAGGCCAAUAUUUCAUCUUCUGCAGUGGAGGAUCAUGACCAGCCCAAGUUUGAGACCGUACUCCCUCCAGAAGGUCCUCAAUUUUCCGUCGUCCACACUGUUCCGACGUACUCCACUUUUGGAUUGAUGCCGCCAAUGUUGGGAACCCAGUUUGCGCCCUUCGAUAGCUCUGACCCCCAGGCACGUGCCUUUGUCGUUCAGCAAUCAUUUGAUCCUGCAAACUAUUACAGCCAAGUAUAUCGAGCUGGUACUGACGGCGACGGCCGCUUCUCUCCCUUACUUGCACCCGCUGCUGCUGCUGCAACCAAGUUUAAUGGAAAUAUAGCACUAUUAUCUUCGCAGGCUGGUCAGUCUCCUCAAGAGAGUGGGGACUUUCUUAUUCAUUCUACAAGUCCAACACCUCAUGCGAGCCAAGCUACUGGAGUCAUGCCAAGUUCUAUUUCGGUAUCCCAGCAACCAGUCCCUGUUUUUCGACACCCUCAAGCGAUGCACAUGCCUCAUUUUCCUCCAAAUUACCUUCCAUACGGCUCAUACUAUUCACCUUAUUUUGUGCCACCUCCCACAAUUCACCAAUUCUUGAGCAACAGUGCGUUCCCUCAACAACCCCCAAGUGGAAGUGUGUACCCGACUCCUGUUGCAGCAACAGCUGCUGCUGCUACAGGUAUCAAAUACUCUCUUCCACAAUUCAAAGUUGGCGGCACUACAGGAAACCCAACCCACAUUGGAAUGCAACCCGGCUAUGCACAGUUUAGCUCCCUCCCAGCUGGUUACAGUCCCAGUCCCGCUUGCACCACUGGUGGUAACUCCUCCGGGAAUGAAGAUCUAGUGCCACCUCAGUUUAAAGAAAAUAAUGUUUGCAUCACCGCUCCACAGAGUGAAGGUGGUUCAGCUGUCUGGGUUCCUGCACCAGGGAGAGAGAUUUCUGGAAUGCAGGCUGGUCCUUUUUACAAUCUGCCUCAGGGACAGCACAUAGCAUUUGCUCCAUCCCAAACUGGGCAUCCAGCAUUUGCUGGGAUAUAUCACCCAACACAGACAAUGGGAGGAGCAACUGUUCACCCUCUGCUUCAGCAGUCUCAAGCCAUGACUGGAGCUGUUGAAAUGGUAGGGCCUCCUGCAGGUGUUUAUCAGCAGCAGCCUCAACGCACACAGGUGAAUUGGACCAAUACUUACUGAAAUAGAAAGAAGUUACAUUAUAUUUUUUGGAGACUUACUAAAACCAGAAAUACAAGUCAAUCUUCUGGAUUUUCUGAGAGACCCAAAAAGUUAGGGGAGAAAAUACAGCGGCCUGCUUUUGGAGUGUAAAUAAUAUAAAGAUGGCUGAGAAACUGGGGAAGAUUUUUCCAGUGGUGAAUGGAAGACAAAUUUACUAAAUGACCAUUUUUCAAGUUAAUUUAGAGAGAAAUUGAUGGACAGAGCAGGUCUUUUGUUAGUUACUGCUGGGUUUCGGGUUCCCCUCCUUUUGUUCUUAUUCUUCUUCUAGCCUUCUAAUUGUCUGUAGACUGUAGGUGCUGAAAAGAUUUGGUAUUUUCAUUUCUUUUCCUUUAUCUGGGUGUCUCCUAGGACUUCUCCGAAGGUAAGAUAAAAAUUUGGUGCUUUUUUCUCAUUCAUCAACCUUAGUUUCACCAAUUCUUGCCUGUAAAUUAAAUUUUGGUAGCUAAAAUUAAAUUCUGUACUAAACAAACUUUACGUUGUUGUAAUUGGUUAUAAAGGUGUAGAAUUACAUUUGUUCAACUGUCAAAA